AUGUUCCGUAUCGGUGGACAAUCGGUGGCACGACUUGUUUCACGUACAGUGCAAUCAGGUUUAAGACAUUAUGCCAAGGAUGUAAAGUUUGGUGCGGACGGACGUGCUUCAAUGUUGUAUGGUGUAGAUACUCUUGCUGAUGCAGUCGCUGUCACUAUGGGACCAAAGGGAAGAAAUGUCGUAAUUGAGCAGUCAUGGGGAAGUCCAAAGAUCACAAAAGAUGGUGUUACUGUGGCGAAAGCAAUCGAUUUCAAAGAUAAGUACAAGAACUUGGGUGCAAAACUGGUGCAGGAUGUAGCAAACAAAACCAAUGAAGAGGCUGGUGAUGGUACCACAUGCGCUACAGUUCUGGCACGAGCAAUUGCGAAAGAAGGUUUCGAGAAUAUCAGCAAAGGAGCCAAUCCAGUGGAAGUUCGAAGAGGAGUAAUGAAGGCUGUGGAACUCUUGGUUGCUGAAUUGAAGAAAAUGAGCAAAGAUGUGACAACCCCGGAAGAAAUCGCGCAAGUAGCAACAAUUUCAGCUAACGGUGAUUCCACUGUGGGGAAACUGAUAUCCGAAGCAAUGAAGAAGGUCGGAAACAAGGGCGUGAUCACCGUCAAAGAUGGUAAAACAUUGCAUGAUGAAUUGGAAACAAUCGAAGGAAUGAAAUUUGAUCGUGGAUACAUUUCUCCAUACUUUAUAAACACAACAAAGGGAGCUAAAGUGGAGUUCGAGAAAUGUCUUCUUUUGUUUUCGGAAAAGAAAAUCAGCCAAGUACAGGAUAUCGUACCAGCUCUUGAAUUGGCUAACAAAUACAGAAAGCCAAUUGUGAUUGUUGCGGAAGAUGUAGAUGGCGAAGCACUUACUACUCUUGUGCUGAAUAGGUUGAAGGUUGGCCUCCAAGUGGCAGCUGUGAAAGCACCCGGUUUUGGCGAUAACAGGAAAAAUACACUGAAGGACAUGGCGAUAGCUACAGGUGGGACAGUAUUUGGAGAUGAUGCUAAUUUGCUAAAAAUCGAAGAUGUGCAGAUCAGUGAUCUCGGUGAAGCUGAAGAAGUUUCGAUUACGAAAGAUGAUACACUCAUCUUGCGUGGCAAGGGAAAACCUGAAGACCUGGAGAAACGAAUUUCAAUGAUUGAAGAUGAGCUGGAACAAAGUACAUCUGAAUACGAGAAGGAAAAACUGAAUGAGCGAUUGGCAAAGCUCUCGAAGGGUGUUGCAGUCCUGAAAGUAGGUGGUGCUAGUGAAGUAGAGGUAAACGAAAAAAAGGACCGUGUCACAGAUGCGUUAAAUGCCACUAGAGCAGCUGUUGAAGAAGGUAUUGUACCAGGUGGCGGUGUUGCACUUCUCCGUGCCCUGAAAGCUAUCGAAGAUGUUAAAGGAGAGAAUGCUGAUCAGGAAAAAGGUAUGCGAAUAGUGCAGAAAGCAGUACGUGAGCCAAUCAUGACAAUUGUGAGAAAUGCCGGUGUUGAUCCAUCUUCUGUUGUGGAAAAAGUACUUGCUAGCAGUGAAUUACCGUUUGGAUAUGAUGCCCUGAAUGAUACUUUUGUGGAUAUGUUCAAAGCCGGUAUCAUUGAUCCUACGAAAGUCAUCCGAACUGCUCUACAGGAUGCGGCUGGUGUUGCAUCAUUGUUGGCCACAACGGAGUGCGUAGUGACGGAGAUGCCGAAAGAGGAGCCUCAGAUGGCAGCUGGAAUGGGCGGUGGUAUGGGUGGUGGCAUGGGAGGUAUGGGAGGAAUGUACUGA